AAUUUACCCUAUCGUGAAUGUUUUAGUGGAUAGAAACUUUUUCAUUAACCCGUUUUGAGUUCAAACUGUCCCUCCCCUCUUCUUAGCAUAGUUUGAAAUAUUAGUAUUGUUUGUAACCAAAAAGUUCAAACUGCAUAUGAGUUGUGAACUUGACCAUAAUGGACAUGAAAUGGAAAAUUAAACAUACCAAAAUCGAGGGCAAAAUGGUCUAAUAAAAAUGGACCGUUGUGGGGUUGGUGUUUUACGUCUUGUGCCAGACGCGAAACUCUGUUAGCGUUGGCAUUCCAAAAACGGCAAUAUUGGUUGUUGAGGAUCUUUCUUGCGCGCGUAAAAGUGCAGUAAAUCAAUGAAUCCGAUGGGCAAUCCUCCUCGCCUCUCUGUCGUAACCAUGCCAACAACUAAAGCUCAAUUUUUAAAACUGAUGACGAAGACGACGACGAUGCAGCAGAAGCCAAUAAGUUGUACCUAAAAAAAAAAGAGAACCUUUUCCUCCGGAAAUUCUUGGGAUUCGAAACAGGGUUUCUGACAAAGAUAUGUUGUAAUGCGUGAUGCUAAUAGAUGUGCUAACGAACUCAAAUGUGUAACAUCGUCUACUUUGAAAUGCUGAUCCAAUAAGAACUAUGUCUCAGGGCGAUACAUGGAGCUUCUGCAAGAGGAACUUUCACCAGGUGACUUCAAAGCUGCUAAAACAAACUGUAUAAAUAUACCAGGCAGGGCUCGAUACAUGGAGCUUACAUCAUGAAUGACUUCGAAUGGAAACAUUACAGUCCUGCAGUUUUCAGACGUUUGCUGGAGCUUGACAGUAUUAGUUACGACGACUACCUGCUUACAAUAUGUGGAGAUGACACUCUAAGGGAGGUUUCUUUACCAGGAAGACAUGGUAGGGUGUAUAUAUUGCCUGGUGACAAACGAUUCAUGAUUAAAACGCUGCGGAAAUCAGAAAAGAAGGUGUACCUAGAAAUGCUUCCAAAUUAUUACCGUCAUGUUAAGAAGUAUGGCGCCUCACUUUUGAAAAGACUGUAUGGACUUCAUGUUAUCAGGCCACCAGGAGGUAUCAAGGUUUACUUUGCCGUUUGGGCAACUGUAAUGCCGUUAGAACUAUGCUUAUAUAAGUGCUAUGAUCUCAAAGGGUCUUCAGUAGGCAGAACCUGCAACAAAUCACAAGUUCACGACAGAGCCAUUCUCAAGGAUCUGGAUUUUGACUUUUGCUUUUACCUUGACCCAUUGGUCCGACAUCGGCUCUUAGCGCAAAUCAAGUAUGACUGCGAGUUUUUGGAAGGCGAGGGCAUCAUGGAUUAUAGUUUAUUGCUUGGUAUACACCUAGAUACUUCACGUUCAUUGGAAGGUUCAAAUGAUAAAAAAAAUUCCGGAAGUUUUAAUGCCAAAAGGCAAACGGAUGAUACUUCAGAAGACGAUGAAACCUCAUCAGAGUUAACUCUUGCCGAUAUAUGCGAUCUAAUUGACAGGCCUGAUUUUAAAUUGGGUGACAGACUGCCAGCACGAGCUGUCCGAACCUGCAGGAAUGAAAUGGAGAGUAGAUCAUAUAGCUCCAGCAGAACACAAGAAUGCUUCAAUGUUCUUUUAUUCUUUGGAAUAAUAGAUUUUUGUCAGAAUUACAACAUGAAGAAACGCAUUGAGCAUGCUUGCAAGGCAAUGAAAUACGACUCAAAGUCCAUCAAAACUGUGAACCCCAAAGCCUACUCUUCUCGCUUUCAGGAGUUUCUGAGCAAAGUAUUUCUGCCCGAAGAGUCGGACUAGUCUGAACACAACUGGCAGGGAUUCAGCCACAACAUAGUCGAAGAUUGAGCUAAUUGAUCAUUUUAGACAACGUAGUAAAGAGGAGAGGUUUCCGGUCGAGACCAAGAGCUCUAUCACUUGUCAGCUAUCUCUGGAUCCAAAUGUCGCAUUUCGUGCAUGUUGUAGAAAAUACAAGCUUCUGUAUAAAUAGGAUUGUGAACUUGUAACUGAUGGUAGUAUUUAUAGAGAAAAAAAUAAUUUUGAAGUUAGGUGCUUAGCGGUAAGUGUAUCCCAUUGCAUGCACAAGUUGUUCAUGAUAGAUGAUUCUUGCUGUAAAUUUCAUAGGAACAUAAACUCUCAUGGAAAUUAAACCUUCAAGUCAUAUUGUUCAUAGUAGACUUCUGCAUGCCAUUGUAUGCACAAGUUGUUAAUAC